AUGAAGGCUGUUGUUGUUGAGAAAUAUGGGCCAAUCGAAAAUCUACAAGCUCGAAACGUUCCCGAUCUAGGGGAACCGGAGGGCCGCGAUUUGUUGAUACGGGUAGAGGCAUGCUCUGUAAAUCCCAUCGAUAUGAAAGUACGGGGGGGUGUUUAUGAUGACUAUCCCGACUAUUACGAUCACGUUCCCCGCCCUUAUCAGAUCUGCGGCUAUGAUGGCGCGGGAAUCGUGCAGAAAACAGGCCCGGACUGCUCGCUCUUCCAGGAGGGAGACGAAGUCUUCUAUUCCGGUAGCCCAGUCAGACACGGGUCCAACGCCGAAUUCCAGUUCGUGGACGAGCGGUCGGUGGGACACAAACCAAAAAGCUUGGAUAUGGCGGAGGCUGCUGCCAUGCCACUUACAUAUGUCACCGCGUAUCAGGCCCUCGUUGAACAAAUGAAGAUUGAACCCAAGGAGAAGGCGGCAGUGCUUAUUAUCAACGGCGCAGGUGGCGUUGGGGCCGUGGCUAGUCAAAUCGCCCGUCAGCUCCUUGAAUUGCCAGUGGUGAUCACGACCGCGUCCCGUCCGGAGAGUAUUGACUUCACUAAACAGAUGGGAGCAACGCACGUUAUCAAUCACAGAGAGAGUCUGCCAGAGCAAAUCCGGAAGCUCAAUCUCGAUGUUCCUGUAAAGUAUAUAUUUAUCACGCAUUCCACCGACCAGUAUAUGGAUGCGUGCGCCAAGAUUUGUGCCCCAUUCGGCAAAGUCUGCUCGAUCGUACAAGGCCAGGCCAAGAUGUAUGGCACCGAGUUCAUGGCAAAGUCGUUGUCCUUCAUCUGGUGCCUGAUUGGUACCAAACCUGUCUAUGGGACAGAUGUGGAGUCUCACCAUCGAGUCCUGGAAGAGUUGAGCCGACUGUUGGAUUCUGGCACAAUUCGUUGUCAUCUGACGCAACGGCUUGGGUUGACACUAGAUGGUCUCCGUGAAGCCCACCGAUCUUUAGAGAGUGGGGGCAACGUCGGAAAGACCGCCCUGACCAUUGGGGAUAUCCGUAGCGGCGAGUCUUUCGUGUAA